GGCCUAUGGUGCCGGUGUUCUUGCUGGCCCUCUCCAACUUCCUGAAUCCGACCUUUUUCUGUGUGCCGCCGCCGAGUGUCCCGGAUCUUCACUGCCUCUGCCAUCGCCCCCGCCUCCUCUGCAAUGCCGCGCCCUUCCCGUCCACCUUCGCUCCUCCCCACAAACUCUCUCUACGUCCCCGUUGUUGUGCCGGCUGUUGAGCCCCGUCUCUGUUGAGUUGUUGCACCAUCACUAGAUCUGGAUUUAGCGAGAGACACGACCAUGUGGGAUGCGUGUCGCGUUCGUGGAGGAGGCCGGGUGCGUUGACUCUCCACUCCUCUUUUGUAAUCGCCAGGGCUGAUCGGGUCAACGGCCAAGUACUUAGUUGAAACUGCAGAACUAUUAUGGAAGGAAAGGGAGAGUAUGACCAGACUCAGCGAAAUACAUCCAGAUGGUGUAAGUGUCUCGGAAAUGGCCUUUUAUUAAUUGCAUUUGUUGCUUGUGCUGCAGCUAUCACCUAAAUAUUGUGGAUAAUUUUUUUCAUUAAAUUUCCAUUAUUCACUAGGUAUGUAGUUCUAUUGCACAUAUUAUUUUAGUUCAUUUCUAACAGUUUCAUGUUAGGUAUGAAGUUCUUUUCACAAAACGGUUUGCUUGUUUGGUAAACUUCUUUCUAAUUUCUCUUAUGCUUGCAAGAUGUGUUCCCUCUUGAGUAAUUUUCUACUAUGAAGCAUGGGAUCAGCUAAAGUCAAGCUACACUGCAUUCUCAUGUUCUUGCAAUAAUCGAUGCAUACAUACUAUACAAGAAUUGCGAACAAAAAUAUUGCUGGGUUGUUGCUCCCGUCCCUACUAUUGUGUGCUACACGUUUCUUGGUGAUGGUGUGAUGUACGAAUUUUUCGUCAUAUGAACCUUGAGCAAUCGAUGGUUGGAGUAAUCUGCGAACCGUCGCAUCGCCACUUCCCAAACCCAGCCCUGUUGUGUCGCACUCACCUCCUGGACUCUUCUUCAACCAGUACGAAGCCUUGGGGUCAGAACUUCUCGCUAAUCUACCUGAAAAAUUGAAGGCUCCACCUACUAUAUUCCACAACAUUCUAAUGCUUCUCACAAUUUUUAUUUGGUUGGGACAGAUUCUUUUUUGAGAAAACAUCAGCUAACACUCUCAUUUGGAAUUUCUGCGUGUAUAAGUGAUGAACUCGAGAUGCAUGAAGGAAUUUCUGAUGCAAUGCUUCGAAUUGUUGUUCCCGUCUCCUGUCCUCUUAUUAUGCUCACUAUCAAAUUAGUAUUUUUACCACAGGGCUAUAUGAAUUUACCUGCAUGUUCAAGAAAGGAUUUCAAGAUCUAUUUAUGAAUGUAGCGAAUCAGAAGGUAACAUAUUGUCGCAAGUAGUAUAUUUGUGUUGUAUUAUAUAACUGAAGAUUCUGGAGAUUAAACUAAUGCUGGGGUCAACAUUUACUACAUUUGAUAUCUUAUUAGAUGUGAUGCAUAAUGAUUAUUUAACAUGCAAAUGCUUUUCAUUAUAGAAUUGUAGUACCUACAUGGCCUGAUUCUACCCAUCUUAGUCCUCUAGAUCUACCGACUGGCGAUAAAGUUCAUGCUUGAAAGUUCUUAAAUUUGUAUAUGUACUUGCUCUUUCAUGCUUGAACAAGUUUUUUGCAGUUUUCUUUAAAGAGGAUUGGCGUCUAUCUACUGUAGUUAAAACUACUUUGAUUUUGUCAAAUCGAUGCAUAGUAGAAGGUAUGUGUGGCGUGUGCAUUAAUCAGUGUAUAGUUUUACCUCUCAAUCUUCAUGGUUUUACGAUUAAUUUUUAUUUUGCAAGGUUUGUGCUUUGAUCCAGAGGGAAAUGCAUGUGUGCGUAUUUGUAAUUUUGAGAUGGUGAUGCCAAUAUUUGUUUCAUAGUGGACUGACCUGACUAGCAUUUUUAGGCCUCAUUUUUCACUGGAUGCAUUUUUAGGCCUCCUUGAGGGAACAACUGGAAAGAAAGAAAUUUUCAGGCUAGGCAGUAUGUACCCAGAGCACAUUUCAAGUGAAGUCGGUUGGUAGUCAAGCUACCAGUUAAUCCCGGGUGUUGUGAGCUUGGAUCUUUUCAUUUUUCAGUUAUAUUUGGCAUUGCCUUAUUGUUCCCGAGGGUCUGUCUUCUGUUAUUUGAUUGAGCUUACAACCUCCCACCUUGAUCUCAUUCUUAGGCAGGAGCUACUGCAUUUGUUAGAGCCAAUUGUUCUCAGAUUGGAGCUAAAAGAACCACAUAUAAUUGAUCAUGCAGAAUUUUGUGGCCGCAGGUGAUUUAGUUGUCUGUUGGUGUGUUUCUGUUAUCAAUUUUCGUGUAUCAUUGCCAGAUGAUCAAUCAUGUCUGUUCACAUCGGAUAUCAUUCUCUGAUAUUUGUUACUACAAUUGCAUGAGGUUGUCACACACCACAAAUGAGAAGUUAACGAUGCUGCCAUAGUCUCGCUAAAUCACGUGUCGCGUCGGCUCCUUGCGCACCGCCUCCCAGCCCUCUGACACGCGUGCCCGACACGCCCAAAAAGACGAUACAUGUGGCACCCGCUCCCCCGCUUCGCUUCCACUGCCCCCACAUAACCGCUGACAAGGGCGACCGCUUCAAACUUGAAAUAUCCCGUACAUCGCCGCCGUUGCAUUCGCAGGCUGCUGCUGCUGCUGCUGAUCGACACGAUGGACGGCGAGCCCCGGUGGCACAACAGCUUCCCCGGCAACGUCAGGAAAGAGCUCAUUCACAGUCUCGGCAGCUCCACCAAGGAAGCCUCGCCGCAGUCCGACCUGUGGACCGGAGGCCUCGUCUGCGCCUUCGAGUUCGUCCGCGGCCACGGCUUCGCUAGCCCGCCCAAUCUCUCACGGAACAACUCCUCGCAGUACUCCAAAGACCAUUCAGCAGCCAUGGAUCCCACGAAGCUACCCAUCACAAAGUUGGGAGACGUUUCAUCUCAAGGCAAGCUAUACAACUUUCUUGGUUUGAUUCCAUUUCGCGGUAGAAAGCCCGGUUGGCUUGACAGAUUGGCAGCCGGUAGGUUCGGAGGACGGCGAGGAGCCGAGGCCGGCGUGCAAGCACGGGAAGGCGUCGCCGGAGAGCUACUGGGUGCCCAUCGGGUGGAGGAGGAUAGCGGAGCUGGUGGAGAUGGUGGAGGGGGACGCGGCGUGGGACGGGCAGGGGAUGGGCGGCCUCAUGGACGACGGCGACCAGUGCUGCGAUAUCACCGUGGCCGAUGUCGCCGCGCCGUACUGGCAGAGGCCGGCGGGGCCGACCUGGUGGUGCCACGUGACAGCGGGACACCCGGCGGUGGACGCCUGGCUUGCCGGCGCGCGAUGGCUGCACCCGGCCAUCCGCGUGGCGCUCAGGGACGAGAGCAUGCUCAUCAGUGAGAAGAUGAAGCAUCUACUGUAUGAGGUCCCGGUUAGAGUUGCAGGUGGUUUGCUGUUCGAGCUAUUGGGCCAGUCCGUGGGCGAUCCGGCCGGGGACGAAGAUGACAUUCCUAUUGUGCUCCGUGCAUGGCAAGCUCAAAAUUUUCUUAUAACAGCGCUUCAUGUGAAAGGUUCUGCGACCAACAUUAACGUCAUAGGGGUUACAGAGGUUCAGGAGCUUCUUUCUGCAUGUGGAAGUACAGCUCCUAAAAGUAUCCAUGAAGUUGUAGCGCAUUUGGCUUCCCGCCUUGCUCGAUGGGAUGACAGAUUGUGGCGCAAAUACGUGUUUGGUGCAGCCGAUGAAAUUGAAGUUAAAUUUGUAAACAGGAGGAAUCAAGAAGACCUAAACCUGCUGUGCAUAAUAUUUAACCAAGACAUUAGAAGGUUAGCCACUCAGGUUAUCAGGGUGAAAUGGUCACUGCAUGCUAGAGAGGAGAUAAUAUUUGAGCUGCUCCAGUAUCUGAGGGGAACCGCCACCAGGUUCUUGCUUGAAGGUAUCAGGAAAGACACAAGGCAAAUGAUAGAAGAGCAAGAGGCUGUCCGUGGCCGGUUGUUCACCAUCCAGGAUGUGAUGCAGAGCACUGUGCGUGCCUGGUUGCAGGAUAAGAGCCUUCGCAUCACGCAUAAUUUGACCAUUUUUGGUGGGUGUGGCCUCAUUCUGUCAAUCAUCACCGGAUUGUUUGGGAUCAACGUGGACGGCAUCCCAGGAGCUAAAAACACUCCAUAUGCUUUUGCAUUGUUCUCCGGGCUUCUGUUCCUGCUUGGGUUCAUGCUGAUCAUCGUCGGAAUCAUCUAUUUCGGCCUGCAGAAACCGGUCAGUGAUGAGCAGGUCCAAGUGAGGAAGUUGGAGCUCCAGCAGCUAGUCUCCAUGUUCCAGCACGAGGCCGAGACACACGCUAAAGUGAGAGAAGGAGUCCUGAGGAGCGACUUGCCUCCUAGAGCAGCUGAUCUCAUCUAUGAUAAAGGUGAUGCAUGUCUCCUUAUAUCCCCAGCAUCUAAAUUUGCAACGUUACUACCAAUAUAUUUUUGUUUUCCAUGCAUCCAUCAGCGCGUAAACUUGGAAGGUAUUUUUCGUUUGAAGCAAAGUGUGAGCCAGCGCUUCAGGGUUACCACUUGGUUUCGCUUUGCACCCUGUAGUGGCGAGAUGUGAGGUGAAGAGAGCAGCUGCAAAUGCGGUUGGUUCGUUGCAGCGUGUGGACAAGUUCUGAAGAAACUCCCAAGCGUGUUGCAGAUCAGUUUUCCUUUUCAAAGGGACGGCACACGGCAGCCUUUAAGACGAAGAUCUACCAUCGUCGCAUCUCUGUAAAGUCUACGUGUGUGUGGUACCACUAGCUACGGAUGUAGUGUUUCCUCGAGCAAUCACUCUCAUGAUCAGGUGAUAUUCACGUGGCCAGAGCCCUCGAUGUGAUUCUUAGCUUUACUUUGACAUGGACAGCAAAACAGGGAGGCCAAUGUUUUUUUUU